AUGAAAUUGAAUAAUGAGACGGUGACAAUCGAACUCAAGAAUGGCUCGAUAGUUCACGGGACGAUUACUGGCGUUGAUAUGCAAAUGAAUACGCAUCUGAAAACAGUUCGUCUCACGGCGCGAAAUCGCGAUCCGCAGCCGCUCGACUCGCUCUCGAUCCGCGGAAACAAUAUUCGGUAUUUCAUCCUCCCCGAUGCUCUACCACUGGAUACGCUGCUAGUCGACGACGCGCCAAAGCCAAAGUCCAAGAAAAAGGAGGAAGCAGCACGUGGAAGAGGAGCACGAGGACGUGGUGGACGAGGAGGCGAUCGCGGCCGAGGAAGAGGUCGCGGACGCGGCAGGGGCAUCUAA